AUGAAGAAUGUAGAAUUUUUCUGGCAAACGCUCGGCACGACACUUCAACGUAAUGCACCAGAACAUUUUGGUCCUUUAAAAAGCCUACAAAUCAAAUCCGAAGACGAUUUUCUUAACACUUUUCAUGGAACCCAAUGGAAGUCUUUAGAUACCAUUAUCCUGUUUGAUGAGUUUGAUAUAUUGUACAAUGCAAAAGAAGAUAUUCUUAUCUUGUGUUUGACGACUCUUCAUGGCAUCAAAGCCAGCAAACAAAACUAUGCUAUACGCUCUGUCAUUGCUAUCGGACCCUUCAGUAUUAUGUAUUUAAACUCGAAUAAUUUGACCAUGUCACCAUUCAACGUUAACGAACUAUUUUGGAACCCGAACUUUUUUUUGGAGCAAGUACAAUUCAUAUACAAAGAAUUCACGGAUGAAUAUAAAUUGACUAUUGACCAAGAAGAUGUUGAAGACAUAUACAUACAAACAAACGGGCAUGCUGGUCUUAUCUGCCUUUGUGGACAGUACCCAACGUUUAUAAGGAUGAAAGACACUCUCCUGAGAGAUGAUACUGAUAUAAAACAAGCUGUAAGGCUCCUCUGGACUGAUUUUUUAGCGAAUUUUGACCCUGUAAAUGUUGGGAUGCAAAAUAAUCUAGUCCAGUUUCUUACAGCAGAAGGACAAAUAGUCUCUAAAGUAUUUCCAACUUCUCCUAAAGUAGAAGUUCUCUAUCAUCCUUCAACGGGUACCUUAGACAUACUUAAGGCCUUGAAACAAGUUGUCUGCAUAUUUGACAGAGAGAUUAUGAAGUCCUGCAAUUCUUUCAAGACAGCACAUGUGCUGGUCAAUAAUGUUGAUAAACUAGAAGUCCCUAGAGAGUCAGUUUAUGAUGCGGAAUUGUAUCGGAUAAUGUCAAAUUGGCUUGUUGGAUUCACGAUAACCGGACAAUGGCAUCUGAAAUAUUGUAUUAGUGGACAUAUCAAUCAUAAAUAUGUUGACAUAGUCAUCUCACGAUCUAAUAAAACAAUUGCUCUUGAGCUUUUAGCUACAGCAACAAAAAAAGAGCUCAAAGAACAUUACGAACAGGUACUCAUAUAUGAUAAGAAAUUACCUGCAGAUGAAACAUGGAUUGUCCAUUUCACCUGUGAAGAAAACACCAUUUCGGAACUAUGCUGGCCAACCAAGUCUCAACUGCAAAAGGGUCUUCAAGUCGUAUACUUUUGGCAUGAUCUUAACUUUAUAAAAAUUAGUAUGAUUGCAUGUUGGUGGAAUAUGAAUAAUAAUAUGAAGCAUGUUACUGAUGUUGAGGAAAUAAUGGAUUCAAGUUUAGUGACCAAAAUUGUGCAAGGUUUGUUACAAGGAUUUUUAGUAAAUUCUAUAGAAGAUAAUAUCGAAUUUAUUAAUAGCGAACCCUCAGAUUCUCCACCUGGUGCAGUCGAGCUUACUCAUUUGUUGUAUCAAGCAUGUGUGACAGUAUCGAAAACCGUGAACACCGUUCACGAUCAGACAAAAACUGAGGUGAGUACUCAAACUAAAGUAAAUGUGUUAACCAAGUCUCAAGUCUCUGAAUCAGAAGAAAUAGAAUGCAGAGCAUCAGAAAUCAAGGUAGAUACAUCACCCGAAUCACGCCAAACUGUACCUUUUCAAUAUCAAAAUGUUAUUGACACUCUAUAUGCACUAGCCAAAUCUCAACUCGAAGAGAAGGUUCUAUCGGAAACUCAGGUUAGUACUCAAGCUAAAGUAAAUGUGUUAACCAAGUCUCAAGUCUCUAAAUCAGAAGGAAUAGAAUGCGGGGUAUCAGAAAUCAAGGUAGAUACAUUACCCGAAUCACGCCAAACUGUACCUUUUCAAUAUCAAAAUGUUAUUGACACUUUAUAUACACCAGCCAAAUCUCAACUCGAAGAGAAGGUUCUAUCAGAAACUCAGGUCAACCCAUUAUCCACAUUACAGAUAGGCACCACACCUAUAUCUAUAUCCAAGCCAAUUCAUGACCGUGCAAGUUUUCAUAGGGAAAAAAUUAUAUUUCAGAGAAAUACUCAAAACCCAUUCCAGAAAAAUACAAACUUAAUUACGCAAUAUGAAAUUUACUUACAAGUUCUAUUACUGUAUUGGGGUCUUCAAUUAGACGAUCUUGGAUUAGACGAUACUGGGUUAGACGGUGUUGAGUUAGGUGGUGCUGGGUUGGACAGUGCUAGGUUAGACGGUGUUGAAUUAGGUGGUGCUGGGUUGGACGGUGCUGGGUUAGAUGGUGUUAGAUUGUUAGAAUUAUUA